AUGCACGGUCUUCUUGACUCUGUCUUGAUACCAAAUCCAGAUGGUGGAGGAAGAGAGGGCGCGGUAGGUGUAGCGCAAGAUAUCCAUUACUAUAAGCUGAUUCACACGCAGUUUACCGUCGCUGAUCUCAGUCUACUGUGUACUACGCGAUGAACAUCGCCGGCAACGACAGUCAAACUGUUGUGCUAUCCCGAGGCUUAUUAAGAUGUCAGGCAGAUAUGCCAAAAUAGGAUAGAAAGAGUCGAUCAUCGUGAUGGCAUUGUUUUCGGUCGGAACUUUCGGAAGCUGCAUAUGCGCCUGUGCAUCAACAGAGUCUGGCCCUUGUGCUGUUUUGCGACUGCACUCUCAACCGAACACGCAAUGUUUGCAGCCUGGAUCAGGAGACUACCGCUAUGGUUGACCACUCAGGAGGGAAGGGGAGGAGGGUGGACGACGCGGCCAAUCUUUUGGUGAGCUUGACCACCUGAGAGGAGUGUUCCGCAUCCUCCAAUUUGUGAUUGCCCUGAUAUGUGUGGUGGUACGUCCAGGUGCGGGACCGGCCGUGCCAGCCACUUGCGCCCUACCUCACAUCUGGUCUUCUUGACUGUGUCUUGACACUGGGCCCAGGUGGGGAGGAGGAGAGCGUGCAGUAGAUGUUGCGCAAAUCUACCUUCACUUUCAACUAAUUCAUGCGCAAGUCACUGUGCCCGCUCCACCCUGCUGUGUGUCUCCCGUUUAAUCGUCGGGAACGACGGUCGAACUGUCAUCCAACUUUAAUUAAUAAAUUUUUCGGGAGAUGUCAUUUACUAAUAAAUGAGUACGGGGGAUAAUAUGAUUGUGCGUGUUAUUCGUCAACGAUAUCUGACUAUAUAAGGACACCGAAAGCAACUGAAAUAACUCAUGGCAAUUAAAUAGUCAUUUUUACUUAGUGCAAUUUGUGUAAGCGACCGGAAAGAAGCUUAUCCAAAAGCCGGAAUCUUGGCGUGACUGAAAUAUCAUCGGAUAAUAUGACAUGAUAAUCAGUAUAACAACCCCGCCUAAGCAAAUACUUUCUUAUCGAGGACACAUUUGCGAUUUUCGGUUAACAUUUCAUGAGAUAGAUCCGAUGAUGUGCAGCCUCUGCCGUGAUUUAAAACUACCGUAUUCGUGAGGUGGACUGCCAUGCCUACCUUUUGUCCGGCAGUUUUUAAAAACCGUUAGCGUCAAGUUAACGCGCUAAGGUUAAAUUUAACAUUUUUCGAGUUAGGCUUUUGCAGGUGGUAGUUCUUUUUUGUACUUCCCCUGCAUUUUGGGAACUAUUUUUUAUGUCUUUCUGGAGUCACCGCUUCUGCGGGCUUUACUGUCCUACUUGGCCACCUGCGAGGUGUGUUCUGCGUCCUCCAAUGGACGAUUGCCUUUUUUGUUUUAUCUUGAUUGAGCCUUGAUAUGUACUCGGCGCGUGUCCCCCCCUGCUGUGGCCGACUUGUGGGGUUUGAUGUACUGAAUGCGGUAGCGUAGUAAGAAACGCCAGAGAUGUCUUGAUUAUUGUUGCAUGCCAGUGUACGCUGGUCGGAUUCAGGUGUGGUCCCCCACACGAGCCGUGACUUAUUGUCGCGCCUCAGUAGAUCUAUUACUGCACUGCAUUCACCAGAGGUGUUUUUCAGCUGGCAUGUGAAAACAACCUUUUCCAGAGUUAUUCUAUAACUCUCAAACGUAUCGUUAUUAAGGGUGUGUAUGACUUUUGACUGAAAUAAAGGGAUAACCUGAACCGCUCGUCUUUCUAACUAUACUCUUGAGACGGAUGUUGUUUUAUCUUUGGUUUCCUUUUCAAACGUCUACGUUCUUCGAAAAUGCUACUUUUUGGUCAUAUCCUAUCCAAUACGGUCUUGGAUGAAAGCUCUUCGACCCAGACUCAUUAAUGACCCUUACGUCUGAUGCAGAUCAUCAGUACGCAAAUAUGACUCCAGCUACGCGUCAACAGAUCCCGUCUUCUCCUGCCUGUUUUAGCGCUCAUUUGCUGGGCAUGUCAGUGAGGUCUACUGCUGUCGUUUCUUUCCCUCUGGAUUGGUUGUUAUCACGGGUGGCGCGGACAUGCAGUUAAAAAUAUGGUCAGCCCUCAAUGGAGAGUGCGCUGCAACACUGCAACCGGGUCCUGGUGGCGCCGAUGGCACCGGGCCCAAGGAACCGGGUGGACAUCGGUCUGGUAUUGUAGACGUCGACUUUAUCGAGCGGGGAAGGAAUCUUGUCAGUCUGGAUCGGGGUGGUUGGUUACGUCUAUGGGACGUCUCCACACAGGUUAGUUUUCCCUCCCCGGUGCUUUUCAGUUUUUUCGCAUAGUAGGCACUCAGAAUUUUAGGUGUCCUUUCUUUAGUCUAUUUUGUCUAGUGGUUUUUUUGAAAUCAAACUUCAAUACAGAAUGGUGAGUCCAUUAUGAACCUGAUGCAGCGGCGACUUUCAGCGUUCAUUCCGCACUCAUGAGCUUCCAUAAGUCGCACUUUAAUCCGGUCAUUUUUCCACCCACUGGCUUAAUGCGACAAACUGGACUGCAGAUCACCAGUAAUAAUUUUCUCUGUAGACGCGUGUUUGCAGUUCUCCGAAAACCACCAAUACGACACAUAUUGUGACCUUCAACAGCAGUAAUCGUCUACCUAAAGAAAUAAUUUGAAGAAACCUUAUUUUUUGGGUUUUAGGCGCACCUCACUUUACCAGCCGACGGAAGACCUGGGCUAACUGGACAAAUUGAUACUUUUCUUGCCCGAGUAGGCACGACACGAAGACCCGGGGUAGAUUUUGCUCGACUGGGCUGUCUGCAGAAUUGUCUGGGUAGAAAAAAAAUCCGUGUCAAAAAUUACCCAUUAAAAGUUUGUCGUAAGGGAGGCUAUGGCGAAUGACUUGAACACGGACACGCCCCUUCAUCCUGGAAAAUUAAAAAUAAUGUCUACUCAAUUGUUGCAAGUAAACAUUUCCACAGCAGAAAACUGGACUCGGACACGCCCAAAUCAUCCAGCUCCUGAAGUUCUGUCUCAAUACGUACUUUACGUUCGACGGAACAAUCUACGAGCAGGUGAAGGGAACGCCAAUGGGUUCGCCGAUUUCGGGACUCAUAGCCGAGGCGGUCCUACAGCGGCUGGAGUCGCUGGUUUUCCGACACCACAGACCGAAAUUUUGGGCUCGGUAUGUGGAUGACACCUUCGUCGUCAUCGAACGGGAUCAGAUGCUAACGUUCAAAGAACAACUCAACGCCGUCUUCCCGGACAUCCGAUUUACGAUGGAGGAGGAGUAAAACAAUCAGCUGACCUUCCUGAAUGUCCUAGUAGUCCGCAAAGAUUGCGGUGACCUAAAAACCAAAGUGUUCAGGAAAGCGACAAAUACGACGCAAAUACUGAACUUCAAUAGCAACCACCCGAUCAGUCAAUAACGCAGUUGCGUAAGGGCGCUUUACCGGCGCGUUGAGACGCACAGCAGUGAAAUGGAAGACAAGGUUGCUGAAUUACAAUAUCUUCGACGGGUAAUGAGAGCCAAUGGCUACCCGCGCAGCUUUGUCAACCAGUGCAUACGAAAAGGACACCAGAGACCAAAUCCAGCCGGACCCAAAUUUUGGCGGGCUCUUCCGUACGUGAAGAACGUCUCGGAAGCCGUCAGUCGUCUUCUCACUCCACUUGGAGUUGGGUUUGCGUACAAGCCGGAAGCAACCAUUAGGCGCCAAGUCAUGAGGCCAAAAGACCGCUGCCACGGCAGGACACGUCUGGAGUCAUUUACCGGAUCUGGUGUAGUUGCGGACAAAGCAAUUAUGUCGGAGAAACUGGGAGAUUACUCCGUACGCGAAUUGCCGAGCACGCAGCAGCAGUGAGGCGGGGAAACGCUAACUCUCAGGUGGCGGCACACUCGACGGGACCCGGCCAUAUUUUCAAAUUUCAAGAGGCCGAAAGCCUCGCAAGGGGUGACAACCGCGUGAGCCGCGAACUGCUCGAGUAAUGAUUCUCAGGCCCGCAAUCCAUCAACAAGCAAAAUGACCUCCCGGUACCCUAUACCAUACUGCGAUUGUCUCUGGGCAGGAGAAUCAGUCACGUGGGGAGGGCGCGGGCGAGCAAUCAUCACGGUGACAGUGAGCCACUUUGCCGAGCAAUCGUCACACCAGCAUCCAGCACGGAUGACGAAAUCGCGGCAAUUAACGACUCGGACUCGGACCGACAAGCCACCGCCGCAUCAAUUACGGCCUCAGCGGUGAUUACGAGAACUGUUAAUUGCAGUGCGCAUACGGUCCCACGGUAGCCACGUGCUAUAAAUACCGCACUCCAGAUGCCACCAUCACCUUCAUCUGCGAAUGUCCCUGAUGAUGGAUUCGAGGGAGGAUCCGAAACGUCAGGCAAAUAAAUUUCUUGUUCUAGUGAUCGCAUCUUCAUCUUCUGAAUGACUUGAACCGCCGGCGGAAAACCGACCUUUUCCGCUGUCAUCCAGUUUUCUGCUGUGGAAAUGUUUACUUGCAACAAUUGAGUAGACAUUAUUUUUAAUUUUCCAGGAUAACGGGGCAUCGGUAUUCCACUUUUGUAACUGGGUUAUUUGUUGAUAUCAAGCCCUUCAAGUUAAACACAUUACUUUAGUAGCUACGGCUCCAUGGUUUGCAAAAAUCGACUACUCAUUAUGCGCCCUCUUUACUCCACACUUGCAGAUCGCGAUUUCAGCCAUGUCCGUGGUGCCGGAAAAGGAUGGCGGCAGGGCGCAUGUCAAUUGCGACAUUGAACACGAACCGCAGUGUUGUGCCGUCAAGAAUCGCCACUGGUUGUCGACCCCGGCAUGCGAUGUUACAGAAGUGCCUUCCAGCUACUGCAGUAUGUUUGCUUGCUCACUACUGCGUGUUUUCGCAUGAAGUAGAAGUUUUUACGAGUACAUUGGCACACUACUUGGGGCGGCCUGUGUAUCCCCUCCUUCACUGCCGCCACGCAUGCAUCCUAGUGGUUUAUAUCUGAUGCCUGGGAAAUAAUUAUUUAGACAAACCAACACUACCUGGCUGCAAAAAGCAAUCUGUUUAUCCACAACCCACCGCGCACCCCAUUUUCAUCAAGGCCUUCACGAAAUCGUUUAUAACGCGACUCUCAAACACCGUUAUCCGACUUGGCUGAUCGGCAAAAUUAAAUGUGGGAGAUAGCCAGUAUGCCCCUCGUACGUCAGUGCAUUUCUUUGCGAAGCCUUGUUCAGUCGUUGCAGAGGAGCUAUACCUCUUCUUUCUUCUUGCCUGACCAGCCACCAUCUUCCAGCCCAUUCUCACUAGCGUGGAGGGUGAAUGCGGGAAGGUAAGACAUGCUCGAUGUUGCACAAGCCUCAUACAGCAUCGCAGAGGGAGGGAGGUAUUGGUAGUUGUCCUCUUCGACGGAAGAAUUAUCGGAUACGUUCUGAACAGGAACAACCAUGGUUGCUAAUGACGCCCUGCCUAUCCUCUUUGAGCUCCCUGUGGCUUAUUACAUGUGUGCAGAGGCUCCAGUCUUGCGCUAGUGCAGCAGCAGAUGCGUUUGUACUGAAUCACUUCAAACUGACUGGAAUUACUACUGAAAUGACUACUCCAGUUGUGCUAUGCAGCGACAGGGUUUUCAGCUAGCCCCUCUGCUGUCAUUAUGGCUAAUGAUGCAACAUGUGUAUGCUACUGUCUGCCGGUCGGCAGUUCAAGAAUACUGCGUGAUUAUCCCGUUGGGGUUGAUGACUUUCGACUCAGAUAUUUAUGACGACUUUUGGACAGGGCCUUUAAGGCUUCAGUUCGAAUAAUUUGCUCCAAGGCAGUGCAUUUGUUUGCAAGAUUGAAAUUUCAAAACUACAGUAUCUACCAGAAAGCACAUAGGGGACGCCGAGAGGACCCCUCGUAGCUGUGUUAUAUUACAGACGGAAUAUCGACAAAACACGUGUCUCGGCGUUGAGUAAGUACCUGUUUUGUCAAUAUGGUGAAUAACUUAUCUGUCCCCUCAUAGCCACUUUGCGUUUGUAACUUGCAGAAAAGGAAAUUGAGUGCCCCUUUUGAUCUUAAAACAGACAGAUGUUUCAGCGACAAAGUCUGGGAACUUUGCGAUUCAUUUCAUUCAGUCACUAUUUACUCAAUUAACUGAGAGUGCAUUGAUUAAAAUGUCAUGCUCAGACUGACUAUUAAGUGGUAUGUGAUUAUUUCGGGCUAAAAGACGACUACAAUUCCGAGCAUCACCAGUGGUUUCACUGCGGUCAUUAAGCAGUGCCAACAAGCACGAUUUGGACGCAGCUAACUAAAAAGCAUACAAAGCAUUGAAAGAAUUCAGCAGCCUUUGUGACGAGGCAAGUUUUAAAAGGCAAAAAGAGCAGUGCUCCGAGAGCACGACAACUUCCUGUCGCAACGUAACGAUUUCCCUGCCUACAAGUUCAAAAAGGAAGAGUUGUGAUGCAAGGGGAUGGGCGAUGAAAACGACAGUUUUACGGCUCAUUGAGCGAAUCUGAGCUGCACAACAAAAAGUACAUAUCCGGAUGGACUGUUUUUGACACUCAGAAAACUAAUUGGAUCAUUAAUGGCAUGAGGACGCUUCAGGGUAUUAUAAGGAAGUUCCAUUAUGAGGGACACUGCCCAAGAAAAAGCGUGAACGGUCACGAAAAUAUUAGCUUUUAAAGUAGCUCGUCCGUGUUUUCAAAAGACGUUGUAGGAUCCCUUGCGUUCAAUCCUGAUUAGUAAUGUUGGUCAAGUUAAACAUGCUGCUACCACUACUACUACUACUACUACUUCUACCACCACCACUACUACUACAACUACUACUACUCUUUCUUACUCCUUGAUAACCCGCGAUUCAUUUUUUCAGCAGUAUCCUUCAUGCCAUUUUAGUUUUGGAGACCUCAUCUUCAAAAGCUACCGCCGUAGGGGUCACCGAUAAGCUGGCCGCGGUUGGAACUGGUCAGGGUGGCGUGGUCUGCAUCUACGAUCUGACCUCUAGCGAUUCCAGAAAGGCUGGGCCGUCUCAUCGGCUCGUCCUGCCGUCCGCCUCGGGUGCAGUGACCGCAUGCUGUUUUUCACGUACCCCAUCGAACGAGAACGUGGCAGUCAGUCAGUCAGCCGGUGCAUCAGAAUCGGAAGCGGACGCCUUCUUCGAGGAGUACGGACUCCUGGCUGGUGGCGCGGAUGGCCAGGUAGCCUGCUGGGAUCUACGGCAUCCGAGGUAGGACUUCACACCACUCCUCACCAGUAAUGUAACAUGGCAACCAUCUGCGUACAGGGCAUUACGCUAAGCUGAUACGGACUUGCUCCCAGUCCACUAAAAACUCUUGCCAUACAGAUUCCAGCACCGAGUUACCGUUAUGUUCAUGCUACCCUACUGCAUUGGUGAAGACAGUAGACACCAGGUCUUUUUUACUUAAUCACAUUUAUUCAUCUCUCCACAAGCUCAGGUUUGCCUUCUCCCCGACACACCGUCGCUCGAGUUCAUUGGCGCACACCUGCUAAGGCAUGAUCGCACGGUCCUUAAAUAACCCGCUGUUCUAUUGGUGUAUAUGCUGUACUGCGGUUUUCCUUUCGUCGAAUGUACCUGCGAAACUCAGUGAUUGCUUAUCAGAAAUGGCUGCCCCAACCGAGUGUAAUUCAACUCCUGUGGCUCUAACUUCAAGUCACUGACUGAUGUAAAGACGGAUAAUGGCUCCCUUCGGGCUGUCUGCUCGUUUGUCCCUAACCAUAACGUUUAAUGCACUGAAUACGAAGGUGACGGUUACGAGUGGCGUACCUCAGGGCUCCAUUCUUGGCCCUAUCCUCAUCCUCAUAUGUAUUGAUGACUGCAUCCAUAGGGUGGACUGCGUUUGCAGACGACAUGAAACUUCGGAACGUCAUCCGCAACGAGGAGGAUGAGGCAAAUCUACAGGCAAACUUGAACCGUCUCGAGCAAUGGUCAAGUCACUGUCUCCUCCCGUUCGGUGUUGUCAAAUGCAACAUUCUGUGCAUUGGCAAAACCAGCUCGGCGCAUCGGAGGAAGUACCAUCUAAACCACACGCCGCUACCAGAGGGAUCUAGGUGUGAGGAUCUAGGUGUGUGAAUAACAUCCUCACUAAAGUCAUCAUUCCACUGCCUGAAGGUAGCGAAAUCCGCAGUGUCCAGCUUAUAUCUCUUCAAGCGGACAUUUUCGAAGAUCGACGAAAAGUGCUUUAGCAAGGUCUUCAGGCUGUUCGUGCGACCACAGUUGGAAUUUUCCAUUCAGGCCCGAUGACCCUGGUCUGUUAAAGACCGUACCGCCAUCAAAAAGUCCAACGACGGGCAACCAAGCUUGUCAGAGGUCAAAAAACCUACCUUGCGAAGCUCGACUGUCCAAUCUUGACCUCUUUCCCCUGGACUACAGACAGUAAUGUUGCAACUUAAUUCAAACGUUUCGCAUGCUGCGGGGUCGGGGUUGUUGCCUUGCAUCCAGCGACUUUUUUUGACCGGCCACCACUGCUAGGUUGCGAGGACAUCCUCUCAAACUACGUGUGACUGGGGCAAAAAUGGACGCAAGGAAAUUCUUAUUCAGCCGCAGGAUGAUUAAGGCAUGGAAUGUUCUGCCUGUGGACGUCGUCAUGUCCUCAUCCGUGGACACAUCUAAGAGGAAGCAUGACCGGCACCACGUCAUCAGAAACUAACAAUUUUUCCGCUUGUACCACCCCGAGCGUUACACGUUACAGGACAUGCUACUCCCUAUAUUUAAGUCACAUUAUGCUAUAACGUUUUCGUUAACUGCCUCAGUCGGACGCGCGAACCAACGAAUCCUAACUGAAGCGUAAGCGUUCGUGCCCAUAUUACGCGGACCACUUCAGUACCGCGUAAUGAUUAUUUCGAAAUUUUGACACAGUAUGAAUACACUGACACAUUCAUACAACUUCGUGUAAUGACUUACCGAUAGGGAGUAACCGAUAGGGAGUACAAAGGCGUUCGCCUACGCUUCCCUUAAUAAACUGAACUGAACUGAACAAAUGUAAACAUGGCCAGUCCUCAGGGUGUUUUGCAAGUCAAGGUUUAGGCAUAACUUGUAUGGUUUCCGUUCUAAGUUUAGCUUUGGCAUUGAGCUUUACGACUAAUUUCUGUAAGGCCACGCUAGUUAGCCGACAAAAUGAUUACGUCUGUACCAACUUUGAGAUCUUAGAGGGCUGGCUGUUCCUUCUAGCCAGGUAUCUCGUGUGUUUGAUGCCUUGCAAGCAAGAAGGUCGCACUUCUGACUUUCAGAGUGACCCUCCUAGCUCGGGCACCCCUAAGGCAGGAUGGUAAACAUCAGGGGGCGCAGGUUUCAGUUGUCAGUUCCAUCAGCAAACGCAUUAUCCUCCCUCCGAAGUAUGUGAACCCUUGUCAUUACCUAUGUGGCGGUGGGGGUAAGCUGACUGCUGUAAGUUUAACAGGACCGACCAGAGACCGCCAACCCGGAGGAGUCGUCAGACCAGGCCGCCACUGCAAUGGCUCAAAUGAACUCUGCCGAGGUGAUGGCUGACAACACUGGCACUUUUUGGGACCUGCAAUACAGUCACCAAAAUGCUGAGACAGCAAAUGAAGCAGAAAAUCAGUCAACGGUUAGCAAGGCAUUUGACUCUCCGUUUGAAUUUAGCGCGUUAAACGCCUCAACAGUGGUGAAACGACUAAGCUCUCCUAGGCCAAAUUCGUCCCGUUGAAGCCUUUUCUAUUCUCGAAUCACCAUCCUGAAGCCCUCAACAUUACCAACUUGACACUGAUGUCCUAGUUUUGACGCCCUAUUAAUCAGUUACGCAGACAGGUUACUUUUUGACGAGUUAAAACGCCUUUGCUGCCGCUUUUUUAAUCAUGGCCAAAUUUUGACAAAUGGAAAUGCGCUGCCUACUUGGUACGGCUGUGAUCAGGCCGAAUCUAGCCGCGGAUUGUAUCUUCCCAUGCCUCUGGAUCUGUGGCAGCGGAUCUGGACAGUUCGACCCACUCUCAUCUCCAACGAUGGAUACUGAAUAUCGGACAUCCAAGAGCCACUUCCAUGCCUUGACGAACUAUGUCAAGCCAGGUUUUGAAUUGACCUCCACUUCGACGCCUCCAGGUAAACAGCGGCGCCUGAUCGAGGCCAGCGGCAGUGAGAUCGUGAGCCGGAUGACGGAGAAUAUGCCCAAACCACCUCAGUCGUUUUUUGGAUGGCCUUGUAUAUCCACAUGAUGUCGCAGCAGGUGUGAACUGUCUCUUUUGGGUUGAAGUCAGUCUACCGAAGUCGAAGAAUAGUCUACUUACUUGCACUACCUGGCGUUGCUACGAUCAUGCCUGAUCUUGCCGACCUCGAUGAUGUCCCGAAUAUUACCUCUCCACGCAUGACGAUCCGCAGCAGCAGAUCUGGACAGUCCAACGCAUUGUCUUCUCCAACGAUGGAUACGGAAUGCCCAAUGUCCAAGAACCACCCCCAUGUCUUGACGAACAGUGUCGAGCCAGGUUUCGAGUUGGCCCCCACUUCGAUGCCUCCAAUGGGUUAACGGUGCCGGAUCGAGGGCAGUAACAGUGAACUCCUGAGGUGGGCGACGAAGAGCAUGCCCAAACCACAUCAGUCAUCUUUCUUGGAUGGCCUGGGUUAUCCGUGCGAUGUUGUCACAGCGAGUGCGGACUGUCCCAUUUGAGACAAAGUCGGUGUACUUCACUCAAAGUACAGUCCUCAGGCAUCAAUGGUUAAGUACCUCUUGUUUUUUGCUCGUCCUCCAGAUGCACAGUCCAGCAUUCACAACUGUAGAAAAGGACUGACCGGACGAAUACACGAUACACGCCUAUCUUUUUGUCAAUGAAAAUGUCACGUCGUGUCCAUAGACACCUUCUAAGACUCGAGAAAAGCAGGCAGACAGCAUCGAUCCUGGAGACAAUGUUAUCCUCACUCUAUUCAUCCGGCAGCAGCCUCGCCCAGAAGUGUCUGAAAAUGUCUUCUUCCUCAUAUUGACAACCAUUAACCGCUAAAGGUACCGUCUGCAGUGAUGGGUGUAGCCUGAAAACACUCUGUUAUUACCAGCGUUUAUGAAUAAACUGACUGAACUCGCUACCACAUUCACCCGUGACACCGGCAAUUCAACCGCUGUUGUCGACGAUGUCCAUCGUGUAUUCCACAGCAAGGUGCGAGCAGGGCAGGUGACUUGCGCAGCAUCUACCGCACUCCCCUCCCCCGCCUGCGUCCGGUGUCAAAACAGCGUCAAGAAGAUCGGAGGCGGGAGAGGCCGAAGGCGGCUGACAUGACGAAUGAGCCCGCACCUAGGCGUGCCACCACACCCCCUCGUCCACAACAUACCCCGACCAGGAUACGCGUGACACCAUUACCUGUAGACCACCAAGGCUUGCAAUUAGCAAAACGACAUAUCCUGCAACAAAAAAUGCGCUGCAUCACUUGCUCACUCCUGUCACCCCCUCGGAACUUUACUGGUUAUUGUUGGUGGCUGGAGGGAUUGUGGACUUUCCCCUUGUUACUAGCCGCGCCCAUCUGACUGAAUAAUCCUCAUCAGAACCGUAAGGGCGUGAACGCUCGGCGUCAGGUGUGUUUGCCCGAUCGCCGGUGCUUCCGGCUUCACCAAUGACGGUGGAUGGUUCUGUGGAGAAAUCAUAAUUCCUCUUGUUUCAGCUGCUAGGGGCAGUUGCGUAAACACCGUGGUCUCCCGUCCUUCUGAGAAGGAUGCUUUCCCCUACCUCAUCAGCUCAGAUGGACCUACGGUGUACUAACUGAAUAGAAUUUUUCAGCUGCUUCUCGUUGGCCGACUAUUUGCUGCCUUUUUAUUUUUACUCACUCUUUCUGUUGGAAAAUUUCAGCAAGACGGUAUUUGCUCAAAGUUCGGGAAAAUCUGGCAUAACGCACCUGAGAACUUAUCGAUGGCCGGCGCGCAGCUCGCAUGAUCUCGGCGACGAAGGAAAACCGAUGUCCCUUCCAUCCUUCACUGGCCUGUUUGUAGCUCGACGUAAGUCUCCGUGGCGGUCGAUUUUCAUGAAUCAAGCAUCACACAACUGCUAAUUAUUACGGUUUGUUAACGUUGUGACUAAUUUAGGGUGAAUUUCCGUAAUUAAUUGACUGAUGCACCUGAAAUGUGAGGAAACAUGUCUCUUCAAUCGGUUUCACACACAAAACGCCGAGGCUUCUUUCUACGAGAACGUAGGGCGUUAUCUUAAAAAUGGCACGACCAGGCCUACCACGAGUGGAUAACAUGGUUCAUUUAGUGAAUACUCACCAUAACACGCGCAAGACGCCAGAUAACCUACCAAAGCAACUACUUGAAAACAAACUUGCGGAUUUUAUUGCGCGGUCUUCAGACAGCUUUGUUCUGCGGCAACAGCAGACCCUUCUCAGGGUUUCGCACCUACCGUGGCCAAGAUAGACCUUCCAUUCGACGCGAAAAACGAACCGAUAUACAUCAGGUAACUGCGACUGCGGGUCAUCUCCCCAGUCUCAACCUGCGGCCCCAUAGCACUUCGCCCCUACCCUCUUCCUCCUACCACUCAUUCCCGCAAAAUACAUCAAUUAUAAUUCGGUCCGUCAGCCACCUAUCAUAAUGUUGCGAUACAUCAUGCAAGUGAAACCGACACUCGGGAAUCCAUCCGUAGAGCAAAUCUACGCAUUCUUCACUACAGUAAGUCUGACGCAUUCGAAUCUGUAGCGGUGUGCUAAGAUACGUAGCCUUGAAGACUGCCAACCUACGAGAUAAUUCGGUUCUCGUGGGAGUAUUUUAGAGCUACUAGAGGGCUCCAGUGGCUCCUUUCCAAUGUGACUUGCGUAGCAUUCUCACUUGUGCUAGAUUCUAGCCGUCCCUAGCGUAGCCUGGCAUGCACUGUAGGAUCCAGGUCGUGUGCGCCACGCGUAGGCGGACCGUUUGUUUUUGGUUCCUGCGUCCGCGCCCACCUCCGGUUGUCCCGACACUGCCUUGCCAUCGGAGCAAUGUGGGUGAGGAAAGGUGGAGUGCGGUGGGCGAUGCUGGGUGCAAGCCUGCCGCCUCGGCGCCCACUUCAUGGCUUGCAGCGGUCAAACGCCCAUAUCGCCUGUUACUCCUUGAUGUUCAGAUUAGAAGUCGGCUAGAUCGCAGUUGGUAGCCAGGCCCCGUAUUACAGGUGGCGGGGGGGGGGUUUGUUUACUGGGGCUAUUUUGUGGGGCUCCAUCAUCACAUCUGACCCAUUUGGCUUCCGUUUUACGUCCGAGGUUAGGAUUAGGGUACCGGUUAAUGGUUCCCGAUUUUCGGGUUAGGGUUAUGCUUUUAGGCUUAGGUUUUCGGGUUACGAUUAGGGUUUGAGCGUACGAUUAGGUUUCAGUAUUACGGUUAGGUUUUGCAAUUACGGCUAUGCCUAGGGGCUACGGUUACGUUUACGAUUUCGGAUAGGAUUGUCGUUAAGGUUAAUGGUUAACGUUUAAGGUUGAGGUUAGGAUUGCGGUUAAGGUUAUGAUUAGGGUUAAGGUCGCCGUCCGCUUUCCCAUUCCUGGCUACCAACUGCGAUCUAGCCUAGAAGUCUUUAAAAAAACGUGCGUUUGCCUGGACUGACUUACUGGACUAACCUUGUGUGUUCUCUUUCACAGGAGAUGGUCGCGUCACCCUGCAGCCUCUGGCUGCCAGUGGAUCACAGAGCACAGCUCACCCUCUUCUGGAGCUGACUGGUCCGGAUGUUGACUCAAUUCGGGGGUUUUCAGUGCUGGCGCCGACUGCCACAGCUGGUGAUGAGCCCUCUGUCAACGCCUGGUCUGCCACCAACAGCGGACACUUUUUCCUCUAUCGAAGGCUGACUGUCGAUUCUUUGGUUGUCUGA